AUGUUUGGGAUCCUGCGUUGCCUUUGGGAUCCUGAACAGAUUCACAUAAAACGUCUAGAGAUUCUCUUGAAACGUCUAGAGAUUCACAUAAAACGUCUAGAGAUUCACAUAAAACGUCUAGAGAUUCACAUAAAACGUCUAGAGAUUCACAUAAAACGUCUAGAGAUUCACAUAAAACGUCUAGAGAUUCACAUAAAACGUCUAGAGAUUCACAUGAAACAGAUUCACAUAAAACGUCUAGAGAUUCACAUAAAACGUCUAGAGAUCCACAUAAAACGUCUAGAGAUUCACAUAAAACGUCUGGAGAUUCACAUGAAACGUCUAGAGAUUCACAUAAAACGUCUAGAGAUUUACAUGAAACGUUCAGAUUCACAUAAAACGAUUCACAUAAAACGUCUAGAGAUUCACAUAAAACGUCUAGAGAUUCACAUAAAACGUCUAGAGAUUCACAUAAAACGUCUAGAGAUUCACAUGAAAUGUCUAGAGAUUCACAUAAAACGUCUAGAGAUUCACAUGAAACGUUCAGAUUCACAUAAAACGGCCAGAGAUUCACAUAAAACGUCUAGAGAUUCACUUAAACGUCCAGAGAUUCACAUAAAACGGCCAGAGAUUCACAUAAAACGUCCAGAUUCACAUAAAACGUCUAGAAAUUCACAUAAAACGUCUAGAGAUUCACAUAAAACGUCUAGAGAUUCACAUAAAACGUCCAGAGAUUCACAUAAAACGUCUAGAGAUUCACAUAAAACGUCCAGAGAUUCACAUAAAACGUCUAGAGAUUCACAUAAAACGUCCAGAGAUUCACAUAAAAACGUCUAG